AUGGGUGAUGAAAGUGAUUCGAGUGAAGAGUGCAGUACACCGAUAAGAUAUCGUAAUUAUAAUCCCAAUCCUCAUCUUGUUGUCAUCGUUAAAUCUGAAGCUGGCUUUGGUUUUAAUGUGAAAGGUCAAGUAAGUGAAGGUGGUCAAUUGCGAAGUAUUAAUGGCGAAUUGUAUGCACCUCUGCAACAUGUAAGUGCAGUUCAGCGUGGUGGUGCUGCUGAAAAAGCGGGUAUUUUGAAGGGAGAUCGUAUUUUACAAGUAAAUGGUGUUAAUGUAGAAGGAGCUACUCAUAAGCAGGUCGUUGAACUAAUUAAAGAGGGUGGCGACAAACUAUCCCUUGUCGUCAUAUCAGUAAAUGCUCUUGAUGCAGAACGUUUUGAAGGCGGUCUCAUUGAAGAAACUGGAUCAAGCUACAGAUAUGACUACUCAGAAAAACGCUCAUUACCGAUUACAAUACCAAGUUACCAAACUGUUAGAGCUAAUGGCGAACGAUUUGUGGUACUUUUUAUUUUAUUACCGGCUUACAAUAUACAUAUGGCUGGUCGCCAUCUUGGAUCUCGUCGAUAUAGUGAAUUUGCUCAUUUGCAUUCAUUACUUAAACGAGAAUUUGCUGAUUUUGAUUUACCAAAAUUACCAAGAAAAUGGCCGUUUUCACUUUCUGAACAGCAACUUGAUUCUCGUCGACGCGGGCUGGAAAUGUAUUUGGAAAAAGUGUGCGCUGUGCGUGUGAUUGCAGAUUCUGGAAUAAUUCAAGAAUUUCUAAUGGAGGAUUCGUCUUCGGAUUGUUCUGUAGCUGAUGUACAUAUUCGCGUUUUGCUCCCCGACAACAGUUCUCUUCUCUUGAAUAUAAAACGUCACUGCACAUGCAAGCAACUUUAUUCGCUGGUGGUAAAGCGGUUGAACAUGACAAAUGAAAUGGCUGAGUGCUACGCAUUAUUUGAAAUGAGUGACAGUAAUUUUGAAAGAAAAAUUGAUGAUAAUGAAUGCCCACAUGCACUGUACAUCCAAAAUUAUUCUUCUGCUGCUUCUUCUUGUAUUCUUAUUCGUAAGUGGAUUUUCGAUAUAGACCGAGAAAUUGCACUUUGUGAAAAGAAUGAUUUAUUCAAUCAAUUUUGUUUUUGGCAAGCAGUUUCAGAUGUAAAUAGUGGCUUAAUUCAUGCAAGAGAACGCCUUUAUCAUUUAAAAGCACUCCAGUCAAUAGAUCGCUCGCAUGAGUAUCUGAAAAUAGCAAGGAUGUUGGAAGGCUAUAAUCAAAUUACAUUUCCACAUUGUAUAUGCGAUGGUCGUAAAAAUGGCAGUGUAAUAUUAUUAGUCUCUUUGCUUCAGUUACUAAUAAGAGCAUGCGACAGUGAAGGCAAUUUGGAGGAAGAUAAAAUGGUAAUUGAUUGGAACAGUGUAAUAGAAUUCAGUGUUUCUGAUGAAGGGAACUCUUUUGUUUUCGAAUAUACUAGGCCAACUAAAAAGUCAAAAUGGUUAACAUUUACUACUCCAUUUGUAAGUUUUUUUAUUUACCCAUUCUAA